AUGAAUAAAAAACUAUUAAAUCCCAUAAAACUUUACCUAAGAGAUGAUUGCCUCUUGGUGAAAUAUGUAAUGAAGGCUGAAGGGUAUGUGAUUCUGAUCUUAACAUCAUGUGUGUCCGGGCCAAUAUCCCUGAUGCAGCCCAUGACUCCGGUAAUCCACAGCCAACACUUAAUGGGUUUAGCUGGUCCCGGUGAAGAUCAUUCAUUUUUAGCAGGCUUGCUGCUCAAGUACUUCACUUCCAAAUAUAGCAAGGGCACAUGCACAACAUUCGGCACACCUUCUAAAUGUUUCCCCAAUAUCUCGGUCCAUAAUAUAAUAUAA